CUGCCUCCAAAAGGCCUCCCUUUUGGAGGCGGGCCAUCUACUUCUUUCUGCACCACAGGUUAAUUAAUUUUUUAAAGAAACACAAUAGCUACAGUGCAGUAUGCCUGUGCGUGUGAAAGUGUUUAAGGAUCGAAAGUCCCUAUUUAUUCAACUGUUGGAAGGCAGUCAGCACUUUGGUGGUCUCUGGAACAUUGUGCUCAUUCAAUUUGGGAUCAUGGCCGUUGUGUUGACAGCUAGAGAUGUUGUCAGCUCUGGAGGCUUUGAUCUGAGGGUGGAAACCCACAUGUUUGGGGGGCCAAUGGAUUGGCUGAGGUUUACUUUGUUAGAAAUUUUACUGAUCUCAGGAGCACUUUUGAUCUACCCAAGUUUUAUGAUUUGGCAAAGAUUACGAAAGUUCGCUGGAGGUGUUAUCGAUCGUCUCUUUUUGUUAACCUACUUAGCAAUGGUUGGGGUUACCAUGGUAGCUGUGUUCAAGUCUUUGACACUGUUAGAUUUACCCCCAGUUUUCCGAUCUCUCUCUACAAUUGAACAUAUGAGACUAGUUAUGAAGAGCUACUCAUUUAUUCGUGAGAAUAGUACCAAAUUAUUAAGCCCGUGGCAUAAAGAUGAUGAAGACGGACCCUCAGUCUGGUAUGAGAGACAAAUGGAUCCCUCUGUCGGCUCGUUCAGCAAGUACUUCUACUUCUUGUUUGUUCCUACUCUGCUUUACAGGGAUCAUUAUCCAAGAUUAAAGGGGCCCAUCUGCUGGAGAAAUGUAGUUUUUUAUUUCGGGCAGUUUUUGGCUUUUACCUACGUCCAUUUCGUAAUCUAUGGCAAGUGGCUGGUCCCUGCGUCUUUUAAACCGCAAGACUUGUGGAAUACCUACCAGUACACUUUGAUGACUGUUUCACUUGGGAUCGUGUCUGUCAACGUGAUUAUUUUUCAUUCAUGGCACAACUUCACUGCAGAGCUGACUCGAUUUGCUGAUCGCGAGUUCUACACUGACUGGUGGAACAGUUCUAGCUAUCCAAUCUUCUAUCGCAAGUGGAAUGUUCUGAUCUACGACUGGCUCAAUGCCUAUUUUUACCAAGAUUUGCGAAAGGUGCUCAAGAGUUCUUGGCUCACUGCCCUAGUUGUGUUCCUCGUGUCGUCGUUCAUGCAUGACUACCACAUUGCUGUAGCCACCAGGUACUUCCUACCAGUGUUCAUGGUCUUCUUUGCAGGAGGCGGAGGGUUCAUGUUCUUAGUGCGACCUGACAAGAACAGUCGAUUUGCUAAAGCGUUCACUGUGUGGGGUUUUUAUGUGGGGACCACAAUCAUUGUGUGUGCACACUACACUGAGGUGGCUGCUCGGACUGCCUGCCCCCAAGUGAACAGCUCAUACCUGCAGUAUGCAACUCUGGCCUGUUUCUCUCAACACAAUAUUACAGUAUUCUGAUCAACUAUUUAUUAAUUUUAUUACACAAUACCACCACUUCUGAUCAGUUAUUUAUAUUGAUUUUUAGUCCCAUAAAUUAUUUAUAUGGACAAUGUUAUGGACAAUGUUAUGGACUAUAAUUAUACAGUCACUUGCUUUUUAGGAGAUACGUACUCACGUAGGUUGGACAGGUUUUCAUAUUAUGUUGCAUCAUCCCGUCUCUCAUGACUAAUUUUUAUUCGGGCUGUAUAAUUUUAUGAUUACUGAGUUUAGAAGUGCUAUAAUCAUAUACAUGUAUGAUUGUGUCGCUGUAUAUAAGA